AUGCGCAACGCGCGCCAGAUGAACGGCCCCAUGCGCCGUGCCAUGUCCACCUUUGAAGAGCAGGUCGCCGAGUCCAAGCAGCAUGCUGAGACCAUCGGCACCUUCCGCAACGUGUCGUACCUUGGUAUGGUGGCUUGCGUGAUCAUCGCCUACAAGUCGUUCUUCCUGGCCGAGCACGAGCACGCCCCCGAGUUCAAGCCCUGGUCUCACAUGCGCAAGCGCGCCACCAAGUUCCCCUGGGGCGAUGGUGAUCACUCUCUCUUCCACAACCCCGAGGCCAACGCUCUCCCCAGCGGCUACGAAGAGGGUGCCCACCACUAACUUGCUUCUCGAAAGCGCUCCAUGUAUAUUGGUGAUGGCUCUUGCCUUUUCUUGUCCAAUGGUUUGCUAGCGUUGUUGGGUCGAGGUGCCAGGUAAUAUAGCCCUGGCCUCGUACGCAUCAGCAGCCAGGCUUGUUUCUGGUGCUGAUCUGGGCCCUUCCCUGUUCCGUUUUUUUUUUACCACCCUGCUCAUGGGCCAUCAUGCCCGCUCUACCCGUGUCGCGCCGGUGUUGGGCUUCAGC